UCUAGCCCGGUAUCCGAAAUUGCAGUAUACGACUUGACCAGUCCCCGUUGUGUUUACGCUGGCGGGCGGCGUUCUUACCAAGUCUGGAUUAUGAGUGUCUUGUUUCCACGGAGGGAGUCUCAGAAACCACACCUCUUGCAAACUCCACGACUUACAAAGAACAAGCACAUUACAACUGUUAUGACCACCUCCCACAAGCAACACCCGGGGCAAUAAUCUACAUCACGUAAUCUGUGUAGAGUGCAGGAGCCACCACGUCAGUAAUCCCUGUAGCAAGAAUACUUAAGGAAUAACUUUAAGAUAUCCAUAUAAAUGUCUGAAUACAGCAAAGUUAAAGUUGGGAAGUUAAAAUUGAAAGGAGAAAAAAGAACGCACAAAAAACAUAAAUCCAAGAAGAGAAAAUCAGAGGAAGAAGAUAGCAGCUUGACCAGCGGAGCUAGUAAGGCCUCAGACACUGCUGAUCAUGGUGGGUGGUGGCACUGCACUGCCCUUCACCAGAUGACUGGCGCAUUGGCAAUACAGUUAGGCACAUCACCCGUAUACGUGCGAGCACUUGACAAUGGAUUGUUUACUGCUGGUGCACCUCAUGAUCAAGGUGACGGGCCAUCUCCAGAGGAAGUAUUAACGGCAGUACCAGCUGGUGAUGAUCGAAUUGCAUUAAAAUCUGGUUACAAUAAAUAUUUGGGUGUUGAUGGAACUGGCCGAGUUGUGGGUCGUGCAGAUGCAAUUGGCCCUAGAGAAAUGUGGCAACCCGUCUUUCAGGAGGGAAAAACAGCAUUGUUAGGAGCAAAUGAGUGCUUUCUUGGUUUGGACGAAGAUGAUAAUGUAGUGGCAAUGUGUUCCAAAGCAGGACCUGAUCAGAUGAUAACCAUUCGUUCUAAUACUCUCAGGGAAUGUGACAAACCUAAAGAAAUACCUGAAGAGGAGCGUGGAAAGCUGCAAGAUGUGGAACGAAAUUACGUCAAGAAAUUUCAGAAGUUCCAAGAUAAGCGUCUACGUAUUAAUGAAGAUGGUGUGGCUGAGCUGAAGUCUGCAAGAAGUGAUGGCUGCUUACAUGAAGCUCUUCUUGAUCGACGUGCAAAGAUGAAGGCAGAUAGAUACUGCAAAUAGUUAAAAGUGGCUUUUAUAUGGUGCAAGAAAAGUGCAAAGUAAGAGCCCACAAAAGAUGUCUCCUUUUAGCCUUAAAUUUUACAAUACCAGUAAGCUCCAGUGCUACACAUACUUAAAUUAAAUUAUACUGUACUGUAUAUGGAUAUAAUAAAUCAUCAUAAUCACAUCCUGAUCCUUUGUAAUGACCAUGAAGGAGCACUACAUGUCUCCGUUACUAUUUCCUCCCAAAUGGGUAUGGAAAACUUUAAAGCUGUGACGAGUUGUUAAUACCCCUAGCAAUUAUUGUCAUAAUUUACAAAAUAAUACUCAUUUAUAUAACAGCAUGAUUUCGAUGGUGAAGAGAUAACUUUGCUGAGGCUUAAAUGCGCUUACAAGUGAUUAGUUCAUCACAGUUAUUAUAAUUACUUUCCUUGACCCUUAUAACAAAAUUAAACCUGUGUGGUUGUAUGCAGUUUUGGCUCUAAUACUGAUGCCCCACUAACACCAUUGUUUUCAAUACAUUAUAGUGAAAAUUUUCCUGGUGCAUAACCAGGAUUUGAAUCUAACCAUUGCUCAUGCAGGCAAAGGAAUACUGCAAUCAAGCAAUUCUCAAGUUGUUGCCCAAUUUGUAUGUUUAAAUUUUCCUAUGUUCUGCAAUAUGCUAAUUGAAGUAAAUGUAAAAUUGAAGUAGGCCAACUGUGAAGUGGGUAACAAACAUAAGUUUAAUCUACAUAAAACCUUUUAAUUAACAAAUGAAUAAGAGGUGGAUGUUUAGGAAACUACAAUAAUAUUUUGGGACCAAAAUCAGAACUUGAAGUUAUGAUUAUACAGUACUGUCAAUGUCAUCCAUAUAAUAUAUUGACUAUAUUAUCUGCAUACAAAAGGUUCUCAAUUGUGUUACCUUAUAAUGUUUCAAACAUUACCCAUGUAUAAUGCCUCUGACAUUGUUUAUGCAUAUCUCCAUAGUUAGUGAUUCACUAUGACACCUGUAACUCAGGCAGGGUUCUAAAGUGGUCACUUGCUUAUUGUGUUGCAGAGUUAUCCAAGCAGUAAUACAGCAAAAGUUGAACAUGCAUUAUAGUGCUAUUGUUACCUUGCACAAUGGUGCCCAUGACAGCAACAAGGUUAUCAGUGUAGAGGUGGUGCAACUGUUACUCUUGGAUUAUGAUGCCAAUGGUAACCCAUUCAUUAUGUUGCUAGUGGUAACCCAUUCAUUGUGCUGCCAGUAGUAACCCAUCCAAAAUGCUGCCGGUAGCAACCCAUUCUUUAACCUGCCAGUGGUAACCCAUCCAAUAUGCUGCCAGUGGUAACCUAUCCAAUAUGCUGCCAGUGGUAACCCAUCCAAUAUGCUGCCAGUGGUAACCCAUCCAAUAUGCUGCCAGUGAUAACCCAUCCAUUAUACUGCCAGUGGUAACCCAUUCAUUAACCUACCAGUGGUAACCCAUCCAAUAUGCUGCCAGUGGUAACCCAUCCAAUUUGCUGCCAGUGGUAACCCAUUCAUUAACCUGCCAGUGGUAACCCAUCCAAUAUGCUGCCAGUGGUAACUCAUCCAUUAUUACUCUCUUUUUGUAAUCGUUUGUCUUUGAAAUUGGUCUAUAGUUCAGUGGUUCUUAUCUUCCUCCUUCCUUAAAUAUAAACACCACUUGCCAUUUUCCUAGCAUCUGGUAGUUGUCCCAUUUGCAGUGAGGAGUUAAAUAAUAUCACAAAAGGCCCAGGUGUGUAAAUAAUUUUGUUGAUGCAGUUUGCAUUUGGUCUGAUGUAGACUUGAUCAAAUGUAAACUGUGUCAACAAAAUUAUUUGCACACCCUCCAUCACUGUGAUGGAAUGCAAAAAAGUAUGUGAAUUCAGAGACAACUCUAAAACAAAUGUUCAAGAAAUGUGUAAAUAUCCCAUUCAAAAUUAUCCACCAGAAUUCUUAGCCAAAUAUCCCAUUUGCUAACUAGGAAGUGAAUGUAGGUGAGUGUAACCUUUCCACUGCUGCCCACUGGAUUGGGGUGGUGUGCAGAAUUCUGCUCUAAUAAAAUAUAUAUAACUUUA